AGAGGGAGAGGAAGCGACUGUAGCCAAAGUGGCUAGCUAGCACAAAAAAGAGGAAGAAAGGUUAAGCGUUCGUAAAACUUUAAGGGAUGUGUGUCUCUUACCAAACGGAUUAAUACAUAUAGGCAGAGAAGAAGGUCGACCCCUUACGUGCGUGAGAUAAGCACAUGUCACGAGCAGAAGAUGUUUAUGUGAGGUCUUGUUCUUGUACAUUUAGCUUAGCAUAUAGCAGUCCAUUAUUAGUGCGCUAAUGCUAAAUGUCGCUGUCGUCGUCGGAGGUAGUGGUUUAUACUAUCCACAUCCCCCUGUUUUUAUACGACGGAUUUCAGUUGUGUUUAAAGUGAUGACAAGAACUUUGGCGUGCACAUUAUUGACAUUUCCCAGUCAGAUGGCAGGACCCUGCAGUUAACACCCAUCGGUCAUCACAUAAGACCGUCCCAUGCCCUCACCUGGCAGGGUGUAUAAGGAUGAAGAAGAUCAGUCUCAAGACGAUCAGAAAGUCACUUAACAUAAAGGGCAAAGAGGAUGGGGAUUUUGUCAUGCUCCAGCAGCCGACUUUAGCAGCUGAGUUUACGAAAGACGACUCCCUUUUCGGAGGUUGCUACACCAAAGGGUUGGUGGGUUGUGAUCUUAAUGGGGAGGAUGAAAAGGGUCACAAGAACAGAUCCAAGAGUGAGAGUCUCAUGGGUACUCUAAAAAGAAGGCUGUCUGCUAAACAGAAAGCAAAAGUGAAAGGAAGUUCCUCCACAGUGGGCUCCGGAGACGAUGAUGACACCUUCUCUUCCUCGUCGGUCCCAAUAAGCUUCAGCGAAGUCAAAGCCCAGCGGCCCUUAAGAUCCUCGUCUCUCCGAAGCCAUCACUACAGUCCUUCUCCGUGGCCUUUCCGGCCCGUCAGCUCAGAGGAAGCUUGCAUCAAGAUGGAGGUGAAGGUAAAAGCCAUGGUCCACUCCCCUAACCCAAGCCCAUCCCUCAAUGGCAUCCGAAAGGAGUUCCACGAUAUCCAAUUAGAGAGUCUGUUUCAAGACCAGAGCGAAUCUCUCAAGGACAUGGAGACUCAAAGUGGCAACUUGCAUUUGAACAUUGAGGAUCAUGUGCCUAUUGGACUCGCACCUCAGGACUACAUCCAGUACACAAUGCCUUUAGAUGAGGGAAUGUACCCAGAUUCAUCCCGGUCUUUCUGCUCUCCCAUGGAAGUGGGGGAUCAGGAGGAAUCUGACUCGCUGCACGUGGACCAGGGCCAAGGCGACCACGAACUCAUGCCACCGGACAAUCUAAGGGAUGAGACCGUGGAUGGACACCUACCUGGUACUCCAGCAAUGAUCCUGUCCAAUUCCAGAGCAGACACACCUUUGUUUUCUCCCUCGCUUUCACCUCUUUCUACCAAUGAAAUUCCUAGGACCCUCUCUGGGUUCAGUGGUGCAGACUCUCUUGUCAUUGAGAGAGUGAGGCACCACUUGAACUUUGACCCCCAUUCCGCCCCCGGUGUUAGCAGGGUGUACGAGUCUUUCCAAAGUAGCGGACCCAUGGUUGUAACCAGCCUUACAGAGGAACUCAAAAAACUGGCCAAGCAGGGUUGGUACUGGGGACCUAUCACUCGAUGGGAAGCCGAGGAGAAGCUGAUCAACCUACCGGAUGGUUCUUUUUUGGUGAGGGACAGCUCGGACGAUCGCUAUCUCCUCAGCUUGAGCUUUCGGUCACAGGGAAAGACUCUACACACCAGGAUUGAACACUCGAACGGCAGGUUCAGUUUUUACGAGCAGCCUGAUGUAGAAGGUCACACUUCCAUAGUAGAUCUUAUAGAGCUUUCUAUAAAAGACUCUGAAAACGGCGCAUUCUGUUACUCCAGAUCCCGCGUGCCAGGGUCUGCCAUGUAUCCCGUUCGGUUGACCAAUCCGGUAUCUCGGUUCAUGCAAGUCCGUUCGCUGCAAUAUCUUUGCCGGUUUGUCAUUCGACAGUACACGCGGAUAGAUCUGAUUCAGAAACUGCCUUUGCCAAACAAAAUGAAAGAUUAUUUGCAGGAGAAACACUACUGAACUGAUUGUAGUGGUGGGAUACAGUAGUAAAUUGCACUUUUUUUGGGGUGAUACAUUCUUAAAACAGUUUACAUGGAUGGUGGUGAAGCAAUCGGUUUUAUAGGCUGGAGUUUUGUCAUUAGCAUAGGUCGACUAUCUGAUCUUCCCACAAAAAUGAGCAGAAAAUUUGUUGUUGCUCAGAUUCAGUGUUUUAUGUACAACAAAGCUUUUCAGAUCUACUUGCCUAAUGAAAUUUACCGGCGUGUGUGAUAAACACAUCAGCAUACUGAUUAUAUGAAUAUGUAUUGCAGGAAUACUAAUACAGUUUUGUUUGGAAUGGAUGAUAGGAUUGGUCUUUACAAUGAUGUGAAUAAUUUUUCAAUCAUAUCGCUGUUGCUGUAGACUUACAAGAAAUUUGAUUUUGAACUUAUUAAACAUUUGCAUUUGGUUGUUCUUUGCUGUAUUAAGAAAACAUGAUGUCAGCCAAAUUUUUGGCAGGUCUUGAUCAUUUUCUCUCUGAAUAUUGGUACUUUUAAUUAAACGCGGAAAUAUGCUGGAUGCCGCUUUUUGGUGGUCACGUGUCAUGCGUGUCAAAACCUGACAUACAAUUUUAAUCAAAAAAAUUUAAGAAAAUAAGUAUUUAUUCUGAAUAAAUGUUAAAUGUUUCUCUUACCAUAUUCUUUGCUAUUCUUUAGACUUUUGUAGAUCUGUGCAACAACAAAUUCAGUGAUUCAGGUAUGAGAAGGACUAUGAAUUACAUGCAAAACGAAUAUUAGACAUAAAUGCCAAGAAUUUGUGACUAUCCAAAAAGGGAGCAUGUAAAGGACGAAGUUGAUUUGCGUGUGGCUCAUACAGUAUUGUGUUCUGUCAUGGCUCAUUUAAAUUAAGCAAAGAUAUUAUGGUUUAUAAACAUCUUAUUUGUUUGGUUUUGUUUUUAAACGCCAUAUGAAGUAUUUGAAUUGUGAUUUCAUAGCACUAAGGUGAUUAGAAUUGUUUGUGACAACCAACCUAAAAGCACAGUUUUUUAGAGACAUUUCACCGUAGAUGGCUUGUUAUACUUAAACCACGAGCAAACUUUUAACUGAAUGAAUCUGCAAAUAUCCCAAAGGAAUUCUGCAUUCGUUAGCUCUUGAGUGAAUAUGGGAGAUGUUUUGGCAUUGCAGAACGAGAGCAGGCUUUCUCACCCUCUGCCCUCCAUAACAGCGGCAUGUCAACCUGUCAGUGUUUCAUAAACUCAGCUUCAAGCCAAAAAUGUUGUAUUCUGACAUUGGAGAAUUCAUACACUGUUAUUUGCUUUGUGUUGGUGUUUUUCUCAGACCGUUCUUUAUUCCUUUUCCUAUUACCUGAAAGGGAAUUGUCUGUUGCUUUUUCCUUAAUGAAGGCUUUAAUAGGGCUUUCCGAGAAAAGUUUGUCAUCUGAAACAACUGAGAUAAUUUGUAAGGUUUUGUAGAGUGCGUCUUAACUGACACGGAUUGAUAUGUUACGAUGGCAUGCUUUAGGCCUUCAUUGGGUUAAAAAACUAAAGCUAUCGGGAGCUUAUACAUGUCUCUUUUUUUUCUGGCAUAUUGAAUGUGCGUGAAUCAGAGCCAGAACUUUCUAUUUGCGGUUUUCGCACCACACAUGGUCCAAAAAAGGCCUUUAAAAAGCGCCAGUUGGCGUUCACAGAACCCAUUGAACAAUGCCGUGUAAAGUAUUCAAGAGACACCUUGGGGAGAUUUUGAAGGUUAGUUGUCAAAUAAACCCAGUUUGCCAUCUUUAGUGUUCCAUUAGUGAAUACAUACAAGACUCAUUGUUGAUUAGUUUGAUUUAAAUAUGGUUAUGAGGGACAGUUAGGGGUGGAAAGUACUCCUGAACACACAAUAGAAGCCGAGGUUUAAAUGCUGUAUCUUCGUUGGUGUAAAGAAUGUGCUCUUCAUAUUGGUUUGCUGUAUUACGGCACAUUUGCCGACGUCGCGUUAGAUGAAGGAUUGUCUGGAGUCAAUAGAAUGAUGUUCUCAGUUGCUAGUAUCAGAAUUACCUUUAUAUUGUGUGUGUGUGUGUGUGUGUGUGAACGAGCAACAAGAAAAGAAUGUCGAAGGCAAGGCACAAGAUUUUUAAUGAAGUUGUGUUUACCAGAAUGUGGAAGUUGACUAAUGCAAAAAAUAAAUGUGAAGUGUUUGACUGCAAUGUACUUUUGUUUAAUAUCCUUUAUUUUUUACAAGAUGUGAGAAGCAUAAUUUGGUCAAACUGAAAUUGUGUGACUGCAGUGUGAGCGUAUUUAGUUUUAAUGAGGUUGCCAGGACUCCAUCACUUUCAAUAUUGUUUUCAUAACUUUGUGUAUGUUGUUAAAUGUUGCUUGUUCAGAUUGCUGAAGUAUUUUGAUCACAGUCAAGCACUCAACAAGCUUCACUGAAAUAUAUAUUUUUCUGAUUCAUUUUCUGUUGUCCGUUUGCUGCGAAGGAAGGUGAAUGUUUACAUGUUUUUAGUACAGAUUAGUAUCUUUGUUUAAAUCUUAUUCCAAACAUCUUGGUACAAUUAAAAAAAUGUACUUCUUAAAUGUGUCAUACACAUUUGUGCUGCUUUAUGAUUAUAAUUGCCUUUAUUACAAAGUGGGGGAGAAAGAAUGUCACCCACAUAUUGGCCUAUAUAUUCAUGACCUUUAUACUUUUGGGGUCACAUGCAAAAAUUGUAGUCAUUGUUUUCAGUGCUCUGAAUGCAGUCCUUUUGCCAUAAAGGAUCUGUUUACUCCAGUUUACAUUGUCGGUUUUCCAAAGUCAUUUCUUGUUUGUUGUUAAUUUGAAUUGUUGAAAGUACCAAUAGUGUUUUCUUGCACAUUUGGAUACAGUUAAACAUUUUUGUAUCUGCUGGUAUAAAUUAUGAAUAAAAAGCUUUAUUCAA